UGGAGCUCUGACUGUGGACUGCAGAUCUGUCAAACUUCAGGUUUCAUCUCCACAGAGUAGCUUCUCUCAGAGCAAGACCUGCUCUUCCACACUGGAAAUCAAUUAUUGGCUGUACCUGCAUCCAGCGUCUCCACCACAAACACACUCUUUUGCUGCAUCGGUGCCAUGCUGCCGGGACGCUGUGGAUGAGAAAGUAUGUCGUCAGACUUCUACUCCAGAGAUGACCUGGUGGAAAGGGGGUCCAUCCCCCUGGACAUCGACAACGUCCACUUGCUGCUGCAGGUGGAACAAGAACAGAUUCAGAAGAAGACCUUCACCAACUGGGUCAAUGCUCAGCUGGCAAAGCGGAGGCCACCGUGCAUGGUCGUGGAUCUGUUCAAUGAUUUCCGUGACGGCUCCAAACUGCUGGACCUGCUGGAAGUGAUGAGCGGCCAGCGCCUUAGUCGGGAGAGAGGCAGAGGAAUGUUUCAGCACAGGAGCAACAUUGAGAAAGCCCUUUCCUUUCUAAAGCAGAAAUCGAUCAAACUCGUCAACAUAAACAUUCCCGACAUUAUUGAUGGUAAACCAUCCAUCAUCCUGGGCCUCAUAUGGACAAUCAUUCUACAGUAUCAUAUCGAGGAGUUGGCCAGUGGCCUCUCGUUCAGCUCCCGUCAGUCCUCCAUGGAGUCUUUGACCAGCCUGGACUCGCGCUCCACCCUGUCGAGCCGCUCAGCCAGCAGUAGUCCUGUUCCUCCCAGAGGCUCCCCGCUCCACAACCGUUUCAGGGUUUCUGCCAAGAAGGCCCUGCUGCUCUGGGUCCGGGAACAGUGCCACAAAGCUGGCUGUACAUUAAAUGUUAAAGACUUCAAAGCUAGCUGGAGGAGUGGAGUGGUCUUCCUGGCAAUCCUGUACGCUCUGCGGCCUGACCUGGUGGAUCUUUCCAAAGCCAGAACCAGAAGCAACAAGCAGAACCUGGAGGAGGCCUUCCGCAUCGCAGAGAGAGAGCUGAGGAUCCCCAGACUGCUGGAUCCCGACGAUGUGGACGUUCGAGACCCCGAUGAGAAGUCCAUCAUGACCUACGUGGCUCAGUUCCUGCAGUACUCCAGAGACCUGCCAGUGCCAGAGGAAGAAAUGCAGACACAAUACCUGAAUCUUCCUAAAAGUCCUUCUCCUAUCAACCUGCCUGUUCACUACACUCCUGCUGUUUCUGCUUCACCUCUGCGUCAGGGGACACCUGAUCGAAAGGCAAAGGAAGUGACAUGCUGGCUGGCUCAGGCGUACGACGAGCUGCUGGAGGGAUGGGACUCCACAGAGGGAGAGAGCUACUCAGAGAGAUACCAUGUAUUUCAUACCUUUCUGGUGUCCUUUAAUGAGCAACGGCGUCCGAUCAUGCCUUUGUUGACAACGAUGAGACGAACCCCGAAACUGAGCGAUGAGCAGCGGGCUCUCAGAGAGGCGUGGGACGUGCUCAGUGUAAAGCUCCGUGAAUACAAAAUCAAGUUAGAUACGAGUCUCCCGGGACCACUGAACACGGUGACUCGCUGGCUGUUGAAAGCGGAGGGGGCUCUGUCCGAGGAGGAGGGCGACAUACCGGACCACGGCCGAGCCGCUGACGAAGCCAGGGAGAAACAGGAACUGCUCAAAGUUUGCCUGGAGGAGAUGCCGCAGCAUGUGAAGACCUUCCAGUCCUUCCAGAAUGUGGAUGAGUAUGGAAACAUGGUGAUUCCUACUGACAAGAUGGAUGAACUAAAGAGGAGGUUCACCAGUGUGAGAGUGUCUGCUAAAUACCAUGGGAUCAAGCUUGAGUACCGGGAGCACCGCCACACAGUUUUGGAUCUGUUGGGGCAGAUCAGGACCAAGCUCCGGGUCUGGAAGAGACCUUAUAUUUCCCCGGAGGCUGUCAGGGUGUUGCUGCAAGAAUGGCAUGAGCUGGUAAAAACACAGGAGCUACCUACUUUGUUGGAAGCAGCUCUUCAUAAGCUGAAGCAGGUUUCUGAGAAAUAUUCAAGCAAAUCUGCCCUCGCUUCAGAUUAUCACCACGUCAGUCAGCAGGUGAAGCAGCUGGAGGAAGACACCGCCGUGGUUUUGGAGGAGGUGACCACAGCCAAGAACACCAUGGGACGGAUCCUGUCUGCCUGGGACUCCUACAGCGAUGGCCUCAGCUCCCUGCAGGCUUGGCUGGAGCAGGGCUCUGUAACACAUAGCCAUGGCCACAGGCCAGAGGUGACAUCAGAGUCCAUCGCUGAGUGGGGCUCACGACAGGUUCACUUGAAUGAGGUGGGCAACUUCCUGAUCGAGUCAACAGACCCUCAGACCAGCAGGAGCCUGGCAGAGGAGCUGCGCAGAGUCAACAUGCACUGGGCCGAGUUCGUCAAGAGAAACACAUUCGACAGCAUGGCUGAGCCCAGUGCAGACGCUCAGGCCAGACCCCAGGACAUCCAAGCUCUGAUCAGAGAAGCCACUCACAUUCUCAAAGAGCCUCUGGAGACCAUGGCAGGUCCCUUACGCACUUACAGAAAAAGAAUGCAGUUCAUAAUGAGGAAGAUAAAAGAAGUGGAUCUGGAGGCUCUGAUUUCCUCCCCAGAAUGCCCAGCGGAUCAGUUACAGAAACUGAAGCUUACUAUACCUGAAGUGAUGCACACCUUGCUUGAGGCAGAACAGGUAUGUGCAGAGCUGCAGCAUAGUGUGUCAGGUCUGGACACUCGCCUGGCUGAACUCCUGCAUUGGGAGACUGAGGCCAGGGAGCUCUACCAGCUGCUGAGGGCCUCAGAGCGACAACAGCGGGGCCAAGACCCACGUGCAAGGGUCCUGAUAUCCCGGGGUCUACAGCUGGAGGGUCAGGUGGUCACAGAGGAGCAGGACCUGCAGGUGAUGGUGAUGACGAGUCAGAAGGACUCUCCCAUCCAGUAUCUCCACGCCUCUGCCAUGCAGGACCGAGUGCGAGCCGCUGUUGCUCAGUCACAGGAAGCUGUAGGUAUGCUGAGCAGCCUGGGAGCCAGAAGAGACAGAAGCAGAAGCCCUCCAGAGGGGCCACCAUCAAAAGUCUUUAUCCAGGCUAAAGGUCAGCCUCAGCAUAUGAGAGAGUCAGACACCAGGGACCGAACUCAGCAGCCAGACACAAAGUUAGUUUCUCAUCAGUAUCAUGAAACCUUUGUGCCAACAAUUGUGGUGCAGGAAUACAGAGAAGAAAAGACGACUUCUCCUCCAAUGCCAUAUACCUAUGCACAAGCUGUGAUGCAGACCAGGACAAAGUCACCACCAGACGCAGUGGAGACCACCACACAAAAACAACAGCAGACUCAGGAACAAGGGUUGACAUCACAGCGAGAGCUACUGCAGCAGGAACAAUAUCAGAGACAGACAGGAAAAGAGCAACAACACCAAGAACGCAGGCAACACCAGCCACAAGAAGUACAACAGCAGGAGUUGAAGCCAACACAGCCACAACCACGGCAGCAGAAGCAGGAACAACAGGUGGAGCAGCAGCAGCAGCAGCUAGGAAUGCAUCAAUAUCAAGUUCAGCAGCAUGUGGUAACUCAUAUACAGGUUGAACCACAAGUCGCACAAGCAUCAGAGCACCAGAAGCAGACUUCACCUCAACAACAAUCUGUAAGUAAGCCACCUCUGAGCUCCCAGGAGCUUCAAAGCAGAAAGGCUCAGGCCAUGAAGAACCGGCCCUGGCUUCAGAAGCCAGCCUCAGGAGAGCAUAAAACUCCAACUCCAGAUCCAGAACAGGAUUCCACUCAGGAACCUAUUCAGACUAGACAGACACAGCCACAGUCAGACAGAGAAACUGUGGGAUCAGUUCAGGUUAUUCCACAGCAUACAGUGGCCAGACCACAGCCUGAGACACAUGCAAAGGUUACUGAGCAACCACAACAGCAGCAAAAAGAGCAACAGAAACAGACACAGCAACUCCAAAAUCAGCAGCAACUGUCAUAUCACCAACAACAACAAAAAGAAAUGCAUCAGCAACAACUACUACAGCGCCUGGAAAAACAGGAACUGAUGCUGCAGCAGCAACAACAACAGCAAUCACAACAACCACUGCCUGUAAGAAAGGCACAACCAGAUUCAGACACCAAGGCUAAAGCACAGAAAGCAACUAUGGCUCAGCUACACCCACAAACGGAGGCCCAAAAACAGUCACAAGCCCAAACCUCAGUUCAUUCUAAAUCACAGACACUGGUCCAAGUGCAAAUGCAGUCUACAAGUGUGUCCCACACUAUGACAGACAGCCAGCAACCACUGAAAACCAUGUCCCAAACCAGAGUACGCCAGGAUCAGACACAAGUUCUUCAGCAGCCCCAUGGCCCCAUGAAGAUGCAGUCAUCGACCCAACUACAGCCCCAAGUUCAGACUCAGCCCCAAACAUACGUCCCAGCUGGACCUCAGCCAUCUAUGCAGCAACAGGGUCUAGGCCAUGGCCCAGCUGUAGCUCAAGUACAGACAUGGGCUCAAGUCAGACCUUCUUCCCCUAUGCAGGCUCCAAUGCAUGGCCAAAUUCCGCCUCCUGUGCCAUCUCACAUUCAGCUUCGUAGUCAUCCACAGUCAUGGGCCCCUGUUAGGCCCCCCUCCCCUAAGCCUCCAACACAUACCCAGUCUCAAAUUGAUGCUCAGUCAAUGUCUCAUUCUCAAACCCAUCCUCAGUUAAUGCCCCAGUCACAAAUCCAUCCUCAGUCCAUGACCCAGCCUCAAACCCAUCCUCAGCUAAAGACCCAGUCUCAAAUCCAUCCUCAGUCCAUGGCCCAGUCUCAAACCCAUGCUCAGUCCAUGGCCCAGCCUCAAACACAUUCUCAGCCAGUGGCUCAGCCAAGCCACCUCCAACCUUCAACUCAACAAACCCAAGCUCAACUUGUAGUCCAGCCUCAGGGUCAUUCUCAGCCUAUGACUCAGUAUCCCACUCAUGCUCAGCCAGUAGUACAGCACCAAGCCAAUAUUUCCCAGGGCCAAAUCCAUAAUUGGACUCAAGUUAGAGCAUCAUCUCCAAUGUCUAUCCAGCAUCCACAGGCUACAGCACAACCUCCACGUUACCCCCAAGGUUACUCCCAGGGUCAGUCCCCAUCCCAGCAGUGGACACUCAAACAGGAGCCACAAAGCCAAGCCGUUGCCCAGCAGAGGCAUCCAAUUCCCCAACCAUACCCUCAGCAAAUAGGUCAAGCUCCACAGGCUCAGGCUUAUCAAACAGUUCAGGCUCUACCACAGUGGUCCCAAGCUGGGCCUCAGCUAGGACCUCAGAUAGGGCCCCCCGAGUAUUCUCACAUGGGGCCAUCAUAUACUCAGCCUCAGAUGCAGCCACAAACACAACCCUGGGCUCAAACACAACCCCAAGUGAGACCCCAGAGUUCUAUGCAACAAGAACAAACUCAGAUGAGCGCUUAUGAUAUGUUUCAUAUCCAGACACAACAAGGCCAAGUUCAGCAACAGACUUGGGUUCAGUCACCACCUCAAAUUCUACCCCAGCCUUAUCCCCAGUCUCAUCCUCAGCCUCAUCCUUUGCCUCAAUUUCAGCAAUACCCACAGGUUCAACAUCAGCCUCAACCUCAGCGUCACCCACAGCCACAGAUGCAAGCUCAAAUACCUCCCCAAUCACAACUCCCACAACUUCUUUCACGGCCCCAGCUUCAACCUCAGCUGCAGGCUCAGUCCCAAACACACAUCCAGACACAGCCAUCGGUACAAGUAAGGCCCCAGUCCCAGACUCAGCACCCUCAGAUCAACCUUCAGUUUCAGCAGCCACCUCCACAACCCAAACAUCAAGCCCAGCUACAACCACAACCAAAGAUUCAGUCACCUACUCGACCAAAAGGUGAAUCACCUCUACAGCCCAAACUUCUUGCCCAAUUAGUAACACAACCAGAGGUUCAAUCAGCAACUCAACCUAUGGUUCAGUCACCAACUCAACCCAAGGCUGAAUCACUGCCGCAACCCACACCUGAGCCCCAGUUUGUGCCACAACCCAUGGUUCAGUCACCAAUCAAGGCCGAAUCACCACCACAACCAAAAUUGCAGGCCCAAACUGCACCACUACCUGAUGCUCAAUCACCUAUCCAACCCAAGGCCCAAUCACUGCCACAACCCAAACCUCAAGAACCAUUGCCACUACAGCCUCAACAUCAGGCUCAGUCACCAACACUACCCAAGGCCCAAACGACACUACCAUCUGAAGCUCAAUCACCAAGCCAACCCAAGGCCCAAUCACUACCACAACCUAAACCUCAGGCACAAUUACCACCACAGCCCCAACUUCAGGAUCAGUCCCCACUCCUCAUGGCCCAAACUGCACCACAGUCUAAGGCUCAAUCACCCCCACAGGCCAGACCUCAAACCCAACCACUUCCACAGUCAAAACCUCAAACUCAGUCUCCUCCGCAACCCAAACCUCAACAACCCCAAACUGUUCUCCGCUCCCAGGUCAAUGUGCUGCCUCAGUCCCAGGCUGAGUCACCAGACCUGUGCAUUACACCUCCGGCCCUGGCCCAGGUGCCUCCCCAGGCCUACACAGAGGCUUACACCAAGGCCCAGGCGUUGGCCAGAAAUGGCUUUGAGGAGGCCAAGCACUGUCUGCAGGAACACAUCCUGGAAACCAUUAACGUUUUUGAAGACAAACGUGUAUCAACCGAGCAAGUAUUAUUGAAAGAGGAGACUCUAAGGACCUUGGACCCAGAGUUGCUGGAGGAGUUCUUGAGAGCAGCCAAGGGCAUGGAGGCCUUUUGUACCCCCUCACAGCUCAGAGACAUGGAGUUUUACACCCAGUCUGUCAGGACACAGUGGGAGGCUUGUAUAUCAGAGGAUGGCAGCUUUGCCCAGGCAGGGCAGCACCUCGAAGCCCUGAAAGAGCUGUGUGACACCCUGAGCCCCGAGGAUGCUCACCGCCUGGCCCAGACUCAGCUGAGGGAGUGCGAGAACAGGCUGGCUGCCAUCCAGCGCCAGUUCAGUGGAGACCAAGACGCACCACUCCCAGAUUCUAGGAUCCCUGUUGCCUUCAGUGAGGAUCUGACCAUACAAAAGGAACCUCCAAGACCAAGUGACAAACCUCAGAUCUCAGCUGAGGUGUUUCAAGUGCCAAUGAAGACAGUCAGUUUGGAGAGGAGGGAGGUUGAAAAGCAGGCGUCUGUAGAGGAAGAAGUCAACAAGAAGGAGGCUUUAGAGAGAUAUGAGAAUUGUAAGAGGAUGCUGCAAGCCCAACUGGCCAAAAAUGAACAGAGCAUCCGGGAUGUUCCCUCUGACUCCGUCUCUCUUAAAGGCCUGCAUACAAGGCUCCAGGAAAUACAGUUUUUGAGGCAGGAAACAGAAUUUCUGUGGUCUGAGUAUGCAAACCAGUGCUCCCAGUGUUCCCAGAUGAGGGGGGACACUGGUCGGGAGCAAGAGAAGGCAGAGCUGCAGGAUCAGUGGCGCAGCCAACAGUCCAACCUUCAGAAGAGAGGCAGCUCCCUGGGCGCUGCCCUCAGACAGAUCGACUCCACCGAGAACCACAUGGUGGACUUCACCGACCGUCUGGACCGCUACCUGAGACAGCCCAAAGACAUCACUGCCUUCACACUGGCCAACACCAACAUCCUGAGAGAUAUUAAGGAGCUGGAUGACAACAUCCAGAGCGAGCUGGACCAGGUGUCCCGUCUGGACCCUGAAUCCAGCGAUCUGGACCCAAGAGACUGCUUCGCUCUGUCCCGCGAGGUUGAGACUCACAGAACCAGCCUGGAUCAGCUUCGACAGCAGGUCCGCAAAAGCGAAGCAGCCGCACGUGCCCUCGACCGUUUCCUCAUGUCGCUGCGUACCGUAGAUGAAGACAUCUCUGGAGUCCAAGGUGCCCCCUGCAGUGACACUCAGGUACUGCAGGAGUGCCGUUCCAAACUGGCUCUGAUCAGGCAGAGCAUCGACAGUCUGAAGGAAAAGGCGCCUCAGCUGGAUCUGCUCCUGCAGGGGGCCAGGCUGACGGUCACCAGGGAUGCUGUCCCGGCCUCCUGCCUGGACAUGGUGACUGCCCUGCUGAGAAGGCUGGAGGAGGCUGACAGUGGGCUGGCCAGCCAGCAGAAGGGCAUUCAGAAGGAGACACACAGCAGAUCCCUGGGCCUGAGGAAGAGGACACUGCUCGGGGAGCUGAGGACGCUGCAGGAUACUAUUGAAACACAAGGCCUGAAGGAGCCCACCAUACCUGCUGUACAACACAGGCUUCGUGCUCUGUCAGAUUUGGAGGGUCAACUUCAGGCCCAGCAUGCCGAAGUCCAGAACCUCCGUGAACUUCAAGAAGAACAGGGAGGAGGAGAAAACCUCUUUGAAGAGCUGGAGACUCAGUGGAAGGAGACCCAGAAAGCUUUUUCUGACAGGAAGAAGCAGUGCAACGCCCUGCUGGAGCUUCUAAAGAAGUCCCAGAGUUGCCGCAGUCACCUGAGCAACACCAUGCAGAGAGCAGAGCAGGCAAUCGGUGAUCAGGCUUCCUACAUGGGCAAGGACAACCUGCAGAGGAGUAUAACCAAGGUCCGUGAUAUUAAAGAGGAGCUGGGGGGUCUUGGGGAGCGUAUGGAAGAGAUGAGGGGAGUUUGCAGACAGCUGCAGUCCCAACUGAAGAAGUUCCCAGACUGCAGUGAGACUCCCUUUGAAGCUGAGGCUGACAUACUCAUGGACAACUGGCUGGAUGUGACAGAGAAGACAGAUGCCUACAUGGACAACCUCCGGGUGGCGCUGGAGCUGUGGGAGAAGCAGCUGAUGUUGGGGGGAGAGGUGGACACCUGGGCGGGGGCCAAACUGGCCCUGUUUGCAGAAAGCCAUCCCUUCCACAAUGAACAACAAGUACUUGCCAUGAGGGAUGAGAUCCAUGCCAAUGAGGAGAACAUUGAGCAUUUCCACAAGAAGUCUGUAGAGAUCCAGGAGAUGCUGCAGAGUCAGGAGGCACCGCUGGAGCUGCAGGUGAUGGAAACCCAGCUGAAGAAGCGGAUGCAGCAGGUGCAGGAGCUGUUCUCCGACUGCACCGACGUCUUUGAGGAGCUGAUAGCUGUGAAGACCCACCUGGCUGAGAAGAUAGAGGAGUGCCAGUCAGCUGUGGAGAACAUCCAGUGUUCUCUCAGCAGGGUUGAUGCAACACAACCGAAGGUGGAAGACCAGAUUCAGGAUCUGUGUGACAAUCUGGAGGCUCAGGAGGAGCAGGCUGAGGCUGUGUUGAAGGAGGUGGGUUUGGUUUCCAGUGUGGCCAGUCCUCAGGUUCUGGAGGCGCUGUCUGUAGACUGCAACAGGAUGAGGGAGGCCAUCUCCCGCACCAAGGACAUGAUCCACCUGAAAAGGGAGGAGAGGGACAAAGGCCUGCUCAAGGUUAUCAAAGAUGAAAAGCAGUCGUUUGAGGCAUGGUUUCAGGACUUGCAGGUGUCCGUCAAUGAGUGCUUUGAGAACCCUGAGUGCAGAACAGAUGUGGAAACAUCUCUGCAAAGACUCACUGCCUUCUUGAAAUCCAAGGAUGCAGAGAGACGUCUGGACCAGCUGAGAGAUCAGCUGGAGAGGGGCGGCCAGCAGGUUCCUCCCCAGCAGCUCUCUGAGUUCACCGACUGGCUGAAGGAGCAGCAGGAGGAGGUGGGCACAUUCGGAACCCACUGCCACAACAGGCAGAAACAAAUGGAGUCACUACUCAGUGACUUGAACAGUCUGCAGAAGCAACACGACAGCUUCCGUGAUUGGCUGCAGACCAAAGAAAAACAGUCUGUGGAGUCAGACAAAGUCAAACGUCUUCUCAAAGACCUUCAGGAUGAGAGUGGGAGAGCUGACACCCUCAGCGAGGUUUUAGCGUCAGUACGCAGGCAAGGCAUCAGAGCCGAGAGCCUCCUGAAGGACGGUGACAACUUGAUACAACGCUACCGAAACCUGGAAGCCAGGCUGCAGCAGCAGGCAGACGCCCAGAGAGCCCUGGAGGGGGAAUGUGACAAGUUUAAUACCCAGGCUGAGAGCACCAGGACCUGGAUUACUGACCUUCUGCAACCCCUCACCUCCGCUGGCACAGGAAACCAGACAGAGGAGAUGAAGAACAAGGCACAGGUCAUCCUGAACUCCAAACCUGAGGGAGACUCUAAAGUGAACGACCUGAGGAGACAAAGCAAAAGUCUGUGUGAGCAGGAGGACCUAAAGGAGGGCAGGAAACAGGAGGUUCAGCAGUCGGUCAGAGAGACCGAGGCGCAGUGGAGGAUGACUCUGCAGACAGCUGAGGAGACUCUCAACAAGGCAGAAACACAAGCCCUGCUCGACAAGGACUUGGCCACUUUCAGAACCCAGAACAAAAUUGUUGAGUCCUGGAUUAGAGACCACGAGCAGAACCUGCAGUCGAUUGGUGGUUGCAUGCAAGCUGAAGAAAAGCCUCAGAUUGCACAAGCCACUCUGAGCUCGAAGCCUGAUGGAGACUCAAAGCUCCAGGAUCUGAAGCGACGAUGCCAGAGUCUGUGUGACAACCAGGGCUUGGACAAGAGCAGGAGAAGAGAGGUUGAGGACACAGUCAAAUGUAGAGAGGAGGAGUGGAGUAAAGUUCUGCAGGCUGCUGAGCAGGCUCUCAACAAGGCAGAGACUGAAGCCACCAACGAAAGAGACUUUGAUGCUUUUAAAACCCAAAGUGAAAGCAUCCAGUCCUGGAUCAGAGAGCAGAAGCAGAAGCUGUCCCCUGGUGGUCAUAUGCAGUUUGAAGAGAGGUUACAGCUCGCACAGGCUGUUAUGACCUCCAAACCUGAGGGAGAGUCCAAGGUGCUCGACCUGAAGAGACGAGGUGACAGUCUGUGCGAGCGUGUCGGGGAAAGCAGGAAGCCAGAGAUUCAGCAGCUGCUUAAAGACACGGAGCAGCAGUGGAGAGCGGUUCUGCAGACCGCCAGACAGGCAGAGCUCCGAGGUCUGUCAGACGACUUCGACACUCAGAGUAAGAACACUCAGUCCUGGAUCAGAGACAGACAACAGAAGCUGCAGUCUGUGGGCGCUCACACACCACCUGAAGAGAGAACCAACACAGCUCAGACCAUCUUGAGCUCCAAACCUGAAGGUGACUGUAAAGUGAACAACCUGAGGAGGCGAGGCCAGAGUCUGUGUAACCAUCAGGACGCAGACAAGGGCAGGAAAGCCCACGUUCAGCAGGCAGUCAGAGACACAGAGGAGCAGUGGAAGACGGUCCUGCAGGCUGCUAAACAGGUCGAAGCCGCUGCAGGAGCUGAGAUCACCCAGGAGGCCGAGAGAAAGAAGCUGGAGCUGAGAGAAUUUGAUACCCAUCAGCAGGACACUGGCAGCUGGCUUAAAGACUUCCAACAACAACUGGACUCACUGAACAGCCAAACCAAAGCUGAGGACAGACUGCACACAGCUCAGGCCAUUAUGAGCUCCAAGCCCCAAGGAGACUCCAAGCUCCAGGAGCUCAGGAGACGAAGCCAGAGUUUGUGUGGGGAGGACCUCGAGGAACACAAAAAACAAGAGCUUCAGCAAAAAGUAAGAGGCGCUGAAGAGCAGUGGACAAGAGUCAUGCAAAAUGCCAAACAAGCCCUGGAUCAGGCUGAGAAACAGUGUGCUCUGGAGGGCCAGCUGAGAGACUAUAAAGCCCUGAGAGAAAACACCAGAACUUGGCUGGAAGACAAGCAGCAGAGCCUUGUGUCCCUGGACAGUCAGAGAGACCCAGAAAGCAUCAUCAACACUGCACAGACUAUCCUGAGCUGUAAGCCUGAGGGAGACUCCAAGCUGACAGAACUGAGGAGACAGAGCCAGAGUCUGUCCGACCAGGAGGACCUGGAGGAGAACGCGAGACGAGAGGCCCAGCAGAUGGUAAAAGACUCAGAGGAGCAGUGGAGGAUGGUCCUGCAGUCCGCUGAGAACACUCUGAAGAAAGCAGAGCUCCAGUACUCACUCUCCAGGGAGCUGGAAGGCUUCCGUAUCCAAGCAGAGAGCACAAAGACCUGGGUUAAAGAGCUGCAGCAACAGGCUGAGUCCAAAGGGAGCAGCACUCAGGGCAGCCGGGCUCAGAUAGAGGACAGGCUGAACACAGCACAGGUCAUCCUGAGCUCCAGGUCCAAUGGUGAGGCUCAAGUGACGGGGCUGAAGAAACGAGCACAGAGCCUUUGUGAGCAAAAAGACCUGGAGGGAGACAAGAAACUGGAGGUUCAGCAGACAGUCAAAGACACUGAGCAGCAGUGGAGGAUGAUCCUGCAGGCUGCUGAGGAGACACAGAGGCAAUUGAAGGGUGUUGUGGAGCGCCUGGCGUCCUCUCAGCACCAGCGAGGUCAGGCUGAGGCCCGUCUGUCUGAGCUUCAGAAGCAGACAUCCAGCCUGCCGCGUGCCUUCCCCUGGCCGGGCCUGGGAGAGAGGAGGCAGGCGGUGGAACAGGCUCGGACCCUGCUGGACCAGAGCACAGCUUUGGUCCCCGUCCUCUCAGACGUACGCAAACAGGCCGCACAGCUGUUUGAGAUCACACAGGACCGUGGCUGGUCAGAUCCCUCCUGGGAAGCCAAGGAGGAGUUCAUUCCUGCCCUGCUGAAAGACCUGACUGCUGCUAUAGCUAACCUGGAGCAGGGCAUUCUGACGGAGAGGCAGUGCACCCAGCUGGUGGAGCAGCAUGAAGCAGCCCAGGACUGGCUGAGGGAGCAGGUUAAAGGCCUGGGAGCUCCUCCAGCAGACAGACAGGGUCUGCACAGCACAGUCAACACUCUGAAGGCUUUGCUCCAGACAGUGGACAGGGAGCAGAGAGAGAUGAAGGAGCUGGACUCCACCAGGGACAGUUUGCUGGACCUCUGUACCCCUGGAGGUCGGGAUGCUCUCAUCCUGGAGGUCAGCCAUCUCCACGACCUCUGUGCCACCUCAGAGCAGGAAGUGAGGGACCGCCUGACAGCCUGUGAGACACGGAUGGGGGAGCUGGACGCUCAGCUGGUCAGAAGGACCCAGGGGCUGAAGGAGAGAUCUGCAGCCCUGCAGUGGGAGCUCCGCUCUCUGGACCAGGCGCUUAGUUAUAGUGAACCACAGAACAACAUCACCCAGCUCCAACAGCACUGGCACAGCCUUCAGAACUGUGAGAAGUCACUAGAAGAUUUGGGUGUCAAAGUUCAGGACCUUUACCAGGAAGUAAAGGCUGCACCUGCCACUGACGAGCUGCCAGCAGAAAUUAUCACUGUGGUGGAGUCUUUACGCCAGCAGCAAGACAGUCUAAAGUCCAGGCUAAGCGAGCGCCAGGGUACCUGCUCUACAAACACAGCUCGCUGCCUGAUGGACUCCCUUCACGCCCUGCAGGAAUGGAACCAAAGCAAACCAUCAGAGUCCAGUUCUUCUGUGCAGGCAACGCUAGAGGAAGGUGAAAAGUUGCAGGAAAGCCUGCAGGAGGCGCUUUCUCACAAACAGUUUCUAACAGACUGUUUAAUACCGGUCUUGUUUGAGAAACUGGGAAGAGAGGGUUCAGAGACACUCAGAGAAGCAGACAAACAUAAGACUUCUCUCAGCCAGAGCUUAAAGGAACUUAAUGAAAGGAGUAAACAAAAGCUGCCUGAUGUUCUAAAAGAGAUGAAGACAUCUGUAGUGCCACCACCACGAAAAAACAAGCGCUCAACUGAGAAAAAAGAUCAAUUUCACCUACAGAAAAACAUUCCCUUAACAGAAAAAUCUGUUGAUGAUGAAAUAUCAGUUUCAUCUGAGCUGCAAACUGAGGCUAAACCAUUAUUGCCAACAGCAGCCAUGAAGGACACAAGUAUUACUGUUGUGGAGCAAACCAGAAUUGAACCAACAAAAGAGAAAUUUCCGAGUACAACAUGUGCUUCAGUACCUUUUACAGCACAACAUACCUCUCAAGAGGCACAGUUUAAAAGUAUAAAGGUAGAUAUCACAGCUGAGCCUGCUGCAGCUGAGCAAAUGAAACCUGCUGCUGAGGGUCCUGUACUGAUCCAAAAGGUCAUUGAGCAGUCUGCACCGGGUGUUAGUGAUAAAACUACACCUGUUCCAUCCAGGAGAAGGUCCAAGACUUCAGCCACUGAUACAGAGCCUGCCCAGACUAAGGUGGAGCCUGAAAUGGUGAAAACUAUUAUUACUGAAGAGGCAUCCAGAAAUCAGACAGGAACCACUGCUGUGAAAGAAACCACAAAAGUAGAUGAUACCCUGCAGAGUCUAGACGUGUCCUCAAAGAUUACUGUGGCAAAACCUGCACUGAUCAAGGGCGACGGUGUGAAUCUGACGUAUCUCCCAACUUCAGUGCCUAUCACAGAAACAGAUGCUGGGCAACCUAAGUCUGUAUCAAAAAGGCAAGAGUCGAAGAGUUCUACAAUUUCAGAGCCAGUCGCUACCCAAAGUAAAACUACAAAAUACUAUGCAGAGCUUGAAGAAACUAAGGAAGAACCUAAGAAUGGGAAGACUUCUACAACUGCACAGCUGAUCACACAACCAGUUGAAACUGCUGUUUUGAGAGAAAGUAAUCUUUCACCUACCAAAAGAAAGUCAAAGCCAAAACUUUCCCCCGAAAUUUCUAGCAAGGAGAAAACACAGACCAUGGAAAAGCCUGACCAUGAGGUAGCUUUACUGAGAUCCAAGAAUGAAGCUGCUCUAGUGGAGGAAGAAACUAAGGUCAUACCAACCAGAAAGAAGUCAAAUAGUCUAGAUAUUUCCACUGUUCCAGAGCCAGUGUCGACUGUUGAAAGAACAGCAGGUUUUGUGAAGGAACCUGAGAAGAAUUCAACCUCACAGUUUGUUCCAGAGUCAACUAAAACUGCUGUUUUGGUACAAAGUGAGGUUUUACCACCCAAGCGAAAAUCAAAGAGUCCAAAACUUUACCCAAAACAGGCCGACCAGCAGGCAGCACAGAUGAUUAAAGAACCGGAAAGGUCUGAUUUGAGUUUGAGGGAGCAAGCUGAAAGUGUAAUGAUUAAGGAAACAAAGCUCAUACCAACCAGAAGAAAAUCAAAAAGUGCUGAACCUACCACAACUUUGCAGCAAGUAGAACUUGAAGAUAAUAAGAAAGAACCUGACAGCCUGAAGUCUUCUUCAACUGCACAGGUGGUCAUAGAACCAACUGUUGUUGUGACAGAAAAUAAGCUUUCUCCAACCAAAAGAAGAUCAAAGGGCGCAACACUAUCCCCAGAACAUGAUACCAAAGAGGUAGCAGAGACUAAGCAAGACCCUGGAAGCCAGGAACCUUCAUCAAGCUCCACAGUGCAAACUGAAACAGUUGUUGUUGAAGAAACAAAGAAUAUAGCAACCAUUAUUCUAGAUGUUUCAGAGCCAUACACUAAUACCCCUGUAACAACUCCCACUGAGGUAAAAGCAGCUAGGAGGAAGUCAAAGAGUAAUGAACUUACCACAACUGUGGACCACUCUGAACCUGAAGAUGAUAAAAAAGAACCUGACAGAGGGAGUGCUUCUUUAGCUGCUCAGGUAGUCACAGGACAUGCUGCACAGGCCAUGAAUAAGCAUGGAAAAGCACGUCAGUUAACUGAAGUUGCCAUUGUGGAAGAAACUAAGGUUAUACCAAUCAGAAGGAAGUCAAAGGAAGAGCCUGAUCUUCAGAAGCCAUCUCUAACACCAGGCGUGGUCAUAAGACCAACUGAAAUUACUGAAACUACCAAGGUGGAAAAAGGUAAACUUUCACCAACCAAAAGAAAGUCAAAGGGUCUAAAACUUUCCCUAGAAGUUGCUACCACAGAGUUAACACAGACCAUGGAAGAACCUCACAGUCAGAAACUAUCUUCGACUUCAGAGGUGGUCACAACAACAACUGAAAUUACUGUUGUGGAAAAAGGAAAGCUUUCACCAACCAAAAGGAAGUCGAAGGGUCUGAAGAUUUCCCCAGAACUUGCAACCACAGAGCUGACACAGACCAUGGAAGAGUCUGACACUCAAAAACCAUCUUCAACUUCAGAGGUGGUAACAACAACAACUGAAAUUACUGUUGGGGAAAAAGGAAAGCUUUCACCAACCAAAAGGAAGUCGAAAGGUCUGAAACUUUCUCCAGAACUUGCAACCACAGAGCCCAAGGAAGCACCUGGCGCACAAAAACCAUCUUCAACCUCAGAGGUGGUCAAAACAACUACUGAAAUUACUGUUUUGGAAAAAGGUACACUUUCACCAACCAAAAGACACUCAAAGGGUUUGAAAUCUUCCUCAGAACUUGCAGCCACAAUGCUGACACAGACCAAGGAAGAACCUGACAGCCUGAAGUCUUCUUCAACACCAGAAGUGCUCACAGAAGCAACUGUAGGAAGUCAGAAUCCUUCUUUGAGCUCCAGAGUGCAAACUAAAAAUGUUGUUGUUGAAGAAACAAAGAAGAUAGCAACUAUUAUUCUAGAUGUUUCAGAGCCAUUCACUACUGCCCCUGUAACAACUGAUCCUGAAGUUCUACCUACCAGGAGGAAGUCAAAGAGUGCUGAACCUACCCAAACAUUGCAGCAAGUAGAACCUAAAGAUAAUGAGAAAGAAACUGAAAGCCUAAAGUCAUCUUCAGCUCCACAGGUGGUCACAGAACCAACUGUUGUAAAAGAAAACAAGCUUUCUCCAACCCCAGAACAUGAUGCCAAGAAAGUGGCAGAGACUAAGCAAGACCCUGGAAGUCAGGAACCUUCAUCAAGCUCCACAGUGCAAACUGAAACAGUUGUUGUUGGAGAAACAAAGAAUAUAGCAACCAUUCUUCUAGAUGUUUCAGAGCCAUUCAUUACUGUCCCUGUAACAACUGCUCCUAAAGUUACACCAACCAGGAGGAAGUCAAAGAGUCUUGAGGUUUCCUCAGUUCCAGAGUCAGUAUCUCCCCUUGGUAAAGUUACUGGUGUGGAGCCAAGAGAAACAAAACAAGAACCUGUAAAUAAUACCACAACCCCAGAGUUUGUUCAAGGACAGACUGAAACUGCUGUUAUGGAACGAAGUAAGUUUCUACCACCCAAGAGAAAGUCAAAGAGCACAGAACUUCCUCUUAAACCUGCUGACACUGAGGUGCCUCAGACAAGGGAAGAGCCUGAAGGUCAUAGGUCUUUGAGUUCCAAUGACCAAAAUAAAAAUGUUGUCAUUGAAAAAACAAAGUUUGCACCAACCAGAAGAAAGUCAAAGAGUGGUGACUUUUCCACAGCUUCUGAGACAGUUAGCCAUGUUGGAUCACCUGAUGUGGAGCCUGAACAAAAUAAGAAAGAACUAGACAGUCAAACGUCCUCCACUCAGGAUGUGGUCACAGGACCAAUCCAAAGUACUGUUGUAGAAAAGGAAAAAGCUAAGCUAAGCAAACGAAAGUCAAAGGGUCUAAAACUCUCCCCAGAGCUUGCUACCAAGGAUGUGACAGAGACCAAAAAAGAGCCUGACAGACGGAGGUCUUUAGAGCAAACUGAAACAAUUGUUUUGAAAGAAACAAAGCUUUUACCAACCAGGAGGAAGUCAAAAAGUUUUGAUGUUUCUGCAGCUCUAGAGCCUGUCAUUGGUGGAACUUUUGAUUCACAGUCAAAGGAAGCGAGGAUGAAACUUGAAAGUGGGAGUGUUUCUGCAACUGCACACUUAGUCGCAGGAAUAACUGAAACACAGGCAAUGGAAAAGCAUGGACAAGCAAGUCAGUUAACUGAAGCUGCUGUUGUGGAAACUAAGACUAUACCAAUCAGGAGGAAGUCAAAGGAAGGCCCUGACAGUCAGAAGCCAUCUCUAACUCCAGGUAUGGUUAAAGGACCAGCUGAAAUUAGUGAAACUAUUGUCGAAAAAGGUAAGCUUUCACCAACCAAAAGAAAGUCAAAGGGUCUGAAACUUUCCCCAGAACCUGCUACUACUGAGCUGACCCAGUCUAAGCAAGAACCUAAAACUCAAAAACCAUUGUCAACUUCAGAGGUGGUAACAACAACAACUGAAUUUACGGUUGUGGAAAAAGAUACAUUCUCACCAACCAAAACACAACCGAAGGGUCUGAAACUUUCCCCAGAACUUGCAACCACAGAGCUGACAAAGCCCAAGGAAGCACCUGACACACAAAAACCAUCUUCAACCUCAGAUGUGGUCAAAACAACAACAGAAAUUACUUUUGUGGAAAGAGGAAAGCUUUCACCAACCAAAAGGAAGUCAAAGGGUUUUAAAUUCUCCCAAGAACUUGCAACCGUGGAGCUGACAAAGCCCAAGGAAGACACUGACACUCAGAAACCAUCAUCAACUUCAGAGGUGGUCACAACAACAACUGAAAUCACUUUUGUUUCACCAACUGAAGAUGCGGUUAUGGAAGAACCUAAGGUUAUACCAACCAGGAUGACCUUACCAGAGAGGGAGGAAAUGUCAUUUUCUCCGGAAACAGCAUCUGCACUCAAAAGAAGCACAAAUGAAACCGAGAAAAAGAAAGAACAUGUGAAUAAGUCUUCUGCAGCCCCAGAAUUUGCUCCUGCUGAACCUUUCUCCAAACCUACUGACCCACCACUUGUGGCAGACUACAUAGACGAGUUAUGUAAAAACACUGCUGAGAUUCAGAAGAGAUAUCUGGUCCUUGAUCUGCCUGAAAUAGGAGUCACCCAGACAUUUGAGAUAAAGCCACAUCAGGCAGAGGCAGAUACUGUGGUUGAAAGUGACUCCACUCAACCUACCUCUUCUAUUUUUUCAGGGGCACAGCCUCACACAGAAAAAACUGAGUUUUUAGGAAUAAACUCAUCAAAGGGAGAAAUAAUAAAACCAAGUGAAACUGUGAGUCAGCUGAAGUUCUUGGAAACCACUCAGGAAAAACCCAAAAAGGACAUGGUACAUGGUGUCAAAGAAGAGCAUGAUAAAGUAUCUACAUGUGACAUUCAUGAUGCACCUAAGAGCCUGGAGAAGAACCCUUUCAGUCUGAAAGAAAUCCUCAAGGGGGCUGACGUGCACAUUUUAGAAAUGAAUACACAGACUGGUAUACAUAAGCAAGAACAAACAACUGUCUCAACAGACAGACAGCCAGUGAUGGAUAUGCACCAAUCAAGUAUGCAAUGUAAGACAGAACCACAAAGCAAGAAUAUUACUAUCACUGAUAUUCAGCCAGAUAAGGCUGCAGUUAAGAUGACCAGGGUAGAAGUGCAGAAAAGUAUUAGAAAAUGUCAAGACACUGGAGCAGCAGUGCAGCCAAGUGUAGCAAAGACAACAUUUGCACAAAUAAGCUUAUCUGAACAAGACAAAGUAAAACCAAGCCAAAAGUUGGAGCUCUUGAGAACCACACAGGAAAGACCCAAAGAGGCCAAGGAUGAUGUCCAGGGAGAGGAUGGUCAAGUGUUGACACAUGAUGCGCAUGAUGCACCAAAGAGCCUGGAUGAAAAGUCUGUUAAGGAAAUCCACUUGGGGCCUGAAGUGUGCAUUCUACAACUAGAUAUACAGACAAGUCAAGAGGAGGAAAACACAUCUGUCACAGGAUCUGUUCAAACAAGUAUCCAGAGUGAAAGAGUGCCAAAAAGCAAAGAUAGGACUGAAUCUGAAGUUAAGCCAGAGGAGGGUGCAAUUAAGAUGACUACAAUAGAAGUGGGAGAAAGCAGUACUGAAUGUCAAGACAAUGUGGCUCAAAGGGACUCUGAACAAGAAAUGGUGAAACCAAGCCAAACUCAUGCUCAAAUAGGUCUGUUAAAAACCACACAGGAAAGACCUAAAGUGGUGAAGGAACAUGGUGUCCAAGAACAGAAUCCUACACUUAAGAGCUUGGAUGAAAAAUCUGUUUCAGUGGAGAAGAUGUGUGAAAACAAAUCUGUCACAAUAGCAAAAAAAACAGGGAUAGAUAUUGUUCAAACACAUAUUCAGUGUGAAAAGGUGCCUGAAAACAAAGGUAUUACUGCUGCUGAUGUUACGCCAGAGAAAGCUGCAGUUGAAAAGACUAUGAUAACAGUGAAAGAAAGCAGUACUGAAGGUCAAGCCAAUAAGCCUCAAAGAGACUAUGCUCAAUGGACCUCUCCUGCUUCUGACUCAUUACAACCACAUGUGACAGAGACAGAAUUUAUAGAAAUAAACAUAUAUGAGCAAGACAUAGUAAAACCAAUCCAAACUGAAUCUAAAAUAGAGCUCUUGAAAACCACACAGGAUAGACCUACAGAGGUCAAGGACCAUGGGGAAGAGCAUCCUAAAGUGUCUGUUCAGAAAAUCCACAUGGGACCUGAAGUGCAUGUUUUGAAACCAGAUACACCGACCAGUUUUGAGCAUCGUGAAAACAUCUCUGUCAUUAUUGCAAAGAAGCUAAGGAUAGAUACAGUUCAAACUAGUGUACCGUGCGAAAAAAUGCCUGAAAACAAAGAUGAAACUUCAGCUGAUGUUAAGCUAGAGAAGGCUGCAGUUAAGACAAGAGUAGAAGUGCAACAAAUCAACACUGAAAAGAAAGAGAAUGUGGAUCACAGUGACUCCACUCAACCCACCUCUGUUGCUUUUGCAGCAGUGCAGCCAAGUGAAGCAGAGACAACAUUUACAGAAAUAAUCUUAUCUGAGCAAGACACAGUAAAACCAAGUGAAACUGUGAUUAACUUAGAGCUCAUGAAAACCACACCCAAAAAGGUCAAGGAUGGCAACGUGCAUGCUGAAGAUUCAACAAAAAAUGUGCAUGAUACACCCCAGAGCCUUGCUGAAAAGUCUGUUAUGAUAGCAAAGGCACCAAGGAUUGAUAUAGAUCAAGCAAGUAUCCAGUGUGAAAUAGUGCCAGAAAACAAGGACUUGACUUCAGCUGAUGUUCAGCCAGAGAAGGAUACAGUAAAGAUGACCACGGUCAAAGUGAACACCAAAGAACAUGAAGAAGUGUCAGAAAACGAAGAUAAGACUACGCCUGAGGUUCACCCUGAGAACUCUGCAGUUGAAAAGACAAGAGUAGAAGUGCAAGAAAUCAGUACUAAAAGGCAAGAGACUGUGGCUGAACGUGACUCCACUCACCUACCUACCUCUGCCACUGUAACUGCUCAGCCCCAUGAUCCAGGGACAGAAAUUGUUGAGAUAACCUUGUCUGAACAAGACCAGUUGAAACCAAGCCAAACUGUGACUCAAAUAGAAAUCUUCAAAACCACACAGGAAAGAACCAAAGAGGUCAAGGUUCAUAGUGUUCAUGAAAAACCGGCUGAAGUCCUAUCACGUGAUGUACCCAAGAGCCUGGAUGAAAAGUCUGUUAAAAAGGGAGAAAUCCACAUGAGUGUACAUGAAUACAAAACUGUCACAAUAGAAAAGGAACCACGGAUGGAAUCAAGUGUCGACUUUGAGACAGUUAAAGGAAGCAAGGAUGUGACUACCACUGAUAUUCAACUUGACAAGUCUGCAGUUAAGAUGACCAGCGUAGAAGUGCGAGAAAGCUUUACUGAAUCCCUGUCUGAACGCAGUGUGGUCCGUAGAACCCAAACAGAGAGACACACAACAGAUGCAAAGGAGGAAGAACAGAAGGAGGGGAACAGAAGGACAAUUCAGGAAGAGGAAAGGGAAAAAAUUGUCACAGUAGGAGUACAAAAUGUUCAACUUCCAAUGACCACGACCACCACCACUGGUGAAGUGAGGCUUCAGAGUAUGGAUUUGCCACAGGUGUACAAGGCUGACAAGAUAUCACCAGCAUCAUCGCAGGCAGUUCAGAAAGCUUCACCUGACAUUAUCUGGGGUGAGGCAACCCUGGUGGAAGGAUUGCCUUCUCAGGAAAACAAAGCUCAAACAGUAACAAGUGUUGUGACGACUGAGAAACUUGUUCUGGAGGUACCAGAGGGAACUGCCAUGGGGAGCAUCUUUACAGAAAUACAGCUACUUGCAGGGACAGGACCCAACAGUCAACUCAUUAAGGGUAAACCAUUGGAGGAUGCUCCACAGGCUCUGAUUACAUCCACCAGUGACCUGGACAAUCGUCUGAGCAGGCUGGUGUCUAAAGUCCUGAGCUGCAAGAACCAUCCAGCUGAGCUCAACCCAACAGCCAUGGCCCAGCAGCUGGAGGAGGCUCAGGAGUGCAGAGAGACUGCCCAGGCACAGGUGUCAUUGCUCUCUCAGUUGAAAGGCGCUGAUGCUGAGAACAGGGAUGCUCUGGAGCUUCUAGAGGACCAGUGGUGUACUGCUGUUCAGGAUGCAGCUGCUGUUAUCCAGAGUAAAGAGGCCCAACUGCAGGUGCUGACUGAUUACUGCAGACAGACCCAAGCAGCCAAGACCAUGCUGGAGAGACUGACAGCAGAACUUGAUGCUGUUAAAAUUUCCCCAGAGGAGAGCAGCUCCAAGGAUGCAGAGCGACUAGCCUCCUUACAGAGAAGUAUAGAGGAAAACAGAACAGUACUUGGGGAGAUGCUCGUAACCCAUACCAAGCUAUGUCCCCACCUCAGCCGGUCGGAGCAGGCAACCGCACAGACUGAGCAGAAGGAUCUACAAGAAAAGUGGAGAAGCCUGGAAAGAGCAGUCGAGAGGACCUUGUAUCACACAAAUAUUCAUUCUCACGAGACCAACAGCCUUCUGUCUGCAAUAUCAAGUCUUCAGGAACAUUUGGAGACAAUCAGCAAAGAGCUUGAAGCCAAAUCACCUUCAGUUACUCAAUGGAAUUGCAAGAAGGUGCAGAAGCUGAUGGUGGCAAAUGCUGAGGUUAAAGCUGCCCAGCAAAAAUACCUUUAUUUGCAGCAGCUGUCAGAGGUGCUACUCAUUACCUCACAGCGGGAGAAGGAAACACAAAAGAUACAGCAGGGACUUCAGAGGGUCAAAGAUCAGCUUUCCCACACAGAGGAACUAGUGUCUUCCCAAACUCAAAACAGCAGCAACCCCAUCAUGGAGAAAAUUAUCGUGGUGAUGAGGGAUGGCCUUGCCUGGGCAAAGCAGACAGAGAGUGACAUUGAGGGCAGGAGGAAGAGGGUGGCUCUGCUCCCUGAGGAGGUGCACCGGCAGCUCAGAGAUUUGAAGAAGCUGCAGUCUGAGGUCAUGGCCAAAGAGGGCCAAUUGGAGUCACUGGUGGAGGAGGUGACGGAGCUCCUUCCACAGUUGGACCAGGCUGAGGAAGUGCCCAUUGUGCGCUCUUGUCUGGAAUCCCUUCAAGAACUCUCAAAGUUGACUACUGAGAAGCUAGCCAAGGCUGUGAGAGAGAUAGAGUCAGGACUGCAGACCAGAGAAAAACUGUCAGAGCAGAUUGCUGACCUAGACUCCUGGGUUGUGGCUCAUUUGCAUAGAGAGGCCUUGAGGAGUGCAGAUGAUGAGCUCAGGAGCCCUACUGAACUUGAUCGCAGAGUUCGUCAGAUCCAAGAGACCGUGGCUGAGGCUGAAAAGCAGGGCCCUGUGUGUGAGGCUCUUUUAAUGAAGAGUAAAGACAUUGCCUCUGAACUCCGCAUCACAGAGAACUGUCAGCUUUUUAACAAGCUUACCAAUCUCCAGGAGGACAUCCGAGACAUCAGCAGCUAUGAGAAGGCCAACAAAAAGGAGCUGCACGAACUCACCCAGACUGUAGAUUCAAGCAAGAAAAACCUGGUCACCAUUGAAAAAAGCCUUAGGCAGAUGUUAGUAGAUCUCAAUAGACACAGGUACCCCAUCAUAAGAGAGUCUUUGCAGGCUUUGGAGCCUUUUAAACACAUGAUUUUGGAGUACAAGUCCCAGGUUGACCUUCUGCAAUCUUGGAUUCCCCAGGAAAAGACAAGGGAACUGUACUCAGUCAUUUCUGAGCUUCACAGCAAAAUGGCCACCCUUGAAAUGAAAUCCAGAGAUCAUGAGAGGUACCUGUACGUGAGGCAGUGUGUGGAGGACCUCAGGGAGAAUGUUCAGGCGCAGGUCCAUCAGACCAAAGAAGACAGCAGGGAGCUGGAGGAGAAGUAUAAACUCUGUCAGGCGCUCCUCGUCCAGUUACCUCUAUUAAAGUAUUUGUCCGAGGAGGCUCACACCAAACUCCAGAUGAUUUCUGCUGACCUUUACCCCUCACAGCUGACCACAGAAAAUCGCAGACUAAAACAAAAUGAGGAUAGCCUUGACACCUUGGAGAUGACACUUUACAAUAACCUUAGCAUCCUUGAGAGGAAGCUGCUGAAGGAACUGGACCUGGAGUCCGAAAAGAAAACCACUCAGGCCUUCCUCUGGAAGAACCACCAGGAGCUCCAGAAUUUCCCCAUGUUGGAGCCAAAUGAAACAGCAAUUAAAAACGAAUACUGCAGAAUCCUGUCUUUGAAAAAGACUGUAGAGUCAAGAAUGAGAGCGCUGGAGGUUCUAGAGAAGCAGAAGGGAACCAGACGAGGAAGCGGAUCCCAAAAUCUGAUGGACUUGAAGAAAGCAGUCCUCAUUGAAUGUGACUCACAAAUGGAGAACAUCUCCCAGGCUAGGGACUCUUUGAGAAGCUACACAUGUGCUGUUAAACAAGCAGUACAAUUCCUAAGGGACAUCGAGGUCUCUCUGCUGCCACCGCAGGGCUCUACUGGACUCUGCUCUGAAAGGCUGGAGGAGACCCAACAGGCUUUGGCCUCGCUGCAGCAGAGGUUCCAGACCCAUGUGGAGCAGCUCCAGAGUCAAGUUGCCCUGCAUCCUUACCUGUCCCCCCAGAAGGUGGAGCAGCUCCAGGAGAAUAUUCUGAGCCAGCUUCUGGUGAGGAUGUCCACGCUCCAGGCAAAGGGACACAUACGACUGGAGUGUCUGAGCAGGUGUGCAGAAAAUCACAGAAAAUACACCAAGUGCCGAGAUGAAAUCAUCCUGAGUGUGAAGAGCGCAGAGAACAACCUCUUACAGGUCAUACGUCAAAAGGUCACCUGUCUCGCUGACUGCACUGACCAAGAAGCAAAGCUCAGAGCUCUAUGUGAGGAGGUGGAGUCCUUGCAGAGGCGUCUGGAGGAGCUGAAGGAGUGGUGCCCAGAGCAGAGCUGUUGUGGAGGCCGAGUGGCAACCGUGACUGUCGUCUGGAAACGGGUAACAAGACUACUUCGCUGCACACAAGAGCUGACAACUCGUAGUAAACAGAGGAUCGCAGAAUGGAGCGAAAUCACCAACAGUGUGGAGAAGGCCUCCGUUGUCCUGGAGCAGGUGGAGGUGGAGCUUCCUGAUGGCUCCCGUGUGAAGUCCUCUACCGAGGAGCUUCAGGACAUGCUGCAGUCCUGGGAACAGUACCAGGACAGACUGGACUGUGAACAUCGAGCCCUGUCCGCACUGGAACUCCGCACUGCCAGGCUGCUGGGUGUCCCCGCCCACCUGGAGCAGGCUCCUACCACUCCGCUCUGUCAGCAGCUACAGGCAAUGCAGGCUCGAUACGGCAGUGUAAAGCAGAGGAGCAGGGAGGGUCUGGAAGCGGCCAGGAUGGAGCUGGAGGAGAGAGAAAAGGUUCGGGAGGAGCUGCAUGGCAUCCGCGUUUGGUUGGAGGCUGCAGAUGGUCUUCUGUCAGAGAUGGAACAAAGCAGCAGCACACAGGAGCUUCAGGAGGUUUACAGCCAGCUGUGUACCCAGAAGGCAUUGCUCCAGCGCAUCAUGGAGAGCCUGAAGAUGAAGUACUCGGACAUGUACACUCUGGUCCCGGUUGAGAUCGAAGGCCAGCUGCAGGAGGUCACGGAGUCGCUGAAGCAAGUAGAAGUAAAGGUGGGAGAGGCGGUGAAGAAGAGUGGACCCGUCCACAGGCUGGGGGCAAAACUGUCUGAGAUCCAGGCUGGCCUGAAGUCAGUUCAGAAAAGACUGGAACAGAGAAGCCCCACUGUGACUCAAGCAAAGAUCACUCAGAAGCUUGUGUGGGAUGAGCUCGACGUGUGGCACUCGUGUCUGGCGGCGCUGGAGGUGGACAUGCAGGACUUGGAGAAGCCAGAGGAGGCUCUGAUGCUCACUGAGAGACUUGUGGAGGUCCAGCAGCUCCACUCGCAGCUGGCCAAGCAGGCGGAGCAGAGGACCACCCUCAUCAGCAAGAUUCAUACGUGGCUUCAGGAGCAUCAGGAGAUGAUCAAGAGUUCUAAAAGCUGGAUGGCCGAGGCUCAGACAUGGCUCGCUGCCCCUUGCACUUACACCAGCGCUAAAUGUCUGAGCAGCCACGUUCAGGCUCUGCAGACGGUGUUGGAUGACUCGGAACAGAUCCGAACCACGCUGCAGGGCUUCAGCUCAGUCCUGAAGGAAAUGUCACAGGUUUGCGACAUCACAACUCUCCAGGAACAACUGGUCGAAGCUGAUCGCCAAGUGGCCAACGUUCAGGACAGCUUUACUGCUCCCCUGUCUCAACUGGAGCACGCUGCUGCUGAGGUGGAAGCCAUUGAGAGUGAAGUCAGGCGGAUGGAGAAUGAUGUGACUGAGAUCAAGACCUUGUUAUCGUCUCCGGAGACUUUCCCUACUCCCAGAGAAGAAAGCCUCAAGGCUGUUGAGCAGAGGAUCCAGUCCAUGAGGAGGACUAUAGCGGAGAUCCAGAAGUGUAAACCAGACCUUUGUCUUCCAGAAAAGGCUGAAGAGACUCUGACUGUCUUUAUUGUAGUGGACCAGCUCCAGAGUCUGUUACUGGAACUGGAGAAGAAGGUUCCUGCUCUGUUCAUCCAGCAGCCUCCGACUCCGAUCCAAGCCAAAGCACCGUCUGCCCAGCAGACGGCGUCUCAGUCUCAACUCCUAAAAUCCACUUCAGUGGAGGCUGAGAAGGAGGACACAGAGGGCCUAAUCAGAAUUGCCCAUGUUGAAGCGGAUGUACUGGAGAGAUCCGGAGCCAAGCUACUGACUGUGGAGCAGUCCUCACCUGAACAGAGGAAGUCCUGGACACCUGACAGCGCUACGCAGUGGGAGCAUCAAGGCGUGCUCCAGGCUGAAGAAGCCAGAGGGAAAAAAGGGAGUGAGGAGCAGAGAGUGGAAGAAGGUGGAGGAGGUGUUUUAUGGUGGCUCUGGGAUGCUUUCCUGGGCGCUUCUCCAGAGGAACAUUUGGUCGUUGUCCCAAAGGACACUGAAGUUACCACUGGACACAGCAAUGAACAGACUGGAGAAGAUAGACAGGAUGUUGAGGGCCCCACUGACACCACAGAAGCAAGUUCAUCUGAAGCUUUAUCAAAACCCCUGGGCACAGUCAGAACUCAGUCACUGCCCGAGAGCAUGGAGCUCAUGAAGGGACAGAGUGGGCUUGCAUGGAGGGGGGAUGACCCAGAGGGGCUGAAGACAUACACAGCCCCGGAGGAGCUUCGGCCGGCCGGGUCCCAGCCUGGGCCCCGCCCCAGCGAAGGUGUCCUCCAUGUCUGCCUGGAGAGGGUUGGCCAGCUGGAGCUGUGGCUGCGGAAAGCUCAGAGCAGCCUGGUAGCCUCCGGAGCCGCUGGUUCACCAACCAUGCAGGACAGCGUGGAGCAGCAACUCCUCACCUGUCAGAAGUCGGAUCCUCAGCCAGAGCACCACCUGGAGUCACAGUUGAAGCGCAGCAGCAGCGUUCAAGAGAUCUUCUCCUCACCUAGAAACAAACUGCUCAGACAGAGCAGCCUGCAACAGCAAAAGGAGUUUGAGCAGAAGCUGACUGAACAGAGAGGACUGACUCAGGCCAUCGCCAGGCAGGGCAGCAGGACUCGACUCGUCAGCCAGGACCCUGAGGACAGCAGCCAGCUGUCACCAUGGUCGCCUCCUGCUGCGGCUGAUGAGGAGGAGGACUCUGCUCAGAAGAAGUGGGAUCGCCUUCACAGUCGGCUGCUGGGUUUGGAGGAGAGUUGGCUGCUUCCUCCCUCUGCGGUGACAGACUCAUCUACGAGGCGUAGUGAUGGAACAGCAGGACGUAUGAUUGGCACACAAACCCUGAAAGAGCUCCAGACUCACAUCAGCCACCUGAGAGAGCUGGGACACACAGCGACACAGUGUCUGAAUCAGGCCCCCCCUGUGGACGGCUCCCAUCAGACGCUGGAUGAGGGUUUGUUUCAUGUGCUGUAUGGAGCGUCCCUGUCCCUGUCCUCAAUCAACAACCUGCUGCACUCAUCGGCUGGGAUGACACACGACAGAGACACACAGCUGAGGCUGCCGCAGCUGCAGAGUCUGUCUGCAGAGCUGGCCAUCCUCGGCAGCGAGCUGGCCUCUCAGGGGUCAAAGGUCAGCUGUGUCCUGGGGUCAGAGUGCGGUCAGCAGUGUGUAGAUGAUGUGUGUAGAGUCCUUCAUGUGGUCCAGGCCGCACUGACCAGCAGAGAGAAGCAGCUCAGAAACCUGCAGGAGGAGAAUGCAAAGCAGCAGAAGCGACUAAAUGAGUUGCAUGCAGCCUUCACCUCUAACCAGACGACUGUUCACCAAAUAAUUAAUGAAUUCAGUGGAACCCUGGACCUUAACGAACAACUGCAGGCUGUGGUUCCGAUGCAGGAGGCUCUGCAGCAGCAGGUGGAGCAGGUGAGCUCCCUGCUGGGGGAGGCUGAACGACAAAACCUGCCGGCCUCUCUCAUCCACCAGGCCAAACAGCUGCAGGGUGAGCUGGACAGUUCUCUGGGCGGUGUUCGCUCCCGCUGUGAGGAGCUGAAGAGCAGCGUGGAGCUGCAGCAGCAGUACGAGCGGCUGGUCCACAGCCUGGAGGAGCUGCUCGCUCUGGGCUCUAAACGCCUCGCACAGCAGCCUGAGCUCCACAACAGAGCUCAGCUCCAGCAGCAGCUCAACAGUCACACGAAGUUCUUCCAGUUCCUGAGCCAUCAUUCUAGGAAUCUGCAGUACCUGACCCAGAGACUCCCAGAGAGCGCCCUCCAAAGGUGGGAAGGUGUAGUGAUGGCCUUGCAGGAUGAGGUGACCCGACUGCAGCAGCACGGACUGGAGAAGGGGACCAGGAUGGAGGAAAUAUUGCAGAUGUGGUCACAUUGGGAAGAGGACAGUGCCUGGUCAGACUCCGUGCUGAGAGGCAUUGACACUUCAUUUCCCAAGAUGCACGAUGGGGGUGAUUCUGAGAAGCAGAUAUCAGAGAAGCUCUCUGUCUACCAGGAGCUGCGUGGCGUUCUGGACGGGAACAAGGCGCGGUUCAGUCGGAUGCUGGAGGCUGGGUUCUGGCUGCAGAUGGCGGGCUGUAGAGAAGUGGGUGUGUCCACCACCCAGCUGGAGGCACGCUGGAGAAUCCUGCACAAGAAGGUGGAGCACAAACGCACCAACGUAGCCUGGAACAGGAAGCUGAGGAGCAGGUUCCUUCGUGACUCUGCUGUACUGGCUGACUGGAUGGGUGGGGCCAGAGAGGUGAUUGACAAAUGGAGUCAGCUCUCUGUCUCAGCCAAUGAGGAGAUGGAUGUGGAACAGAGGCGGAACCACUUUUUCCAGUUUGUAGCUUUGACCAAAGAGUUAGAAGCCAAAUCUGGACUGAAGGUGGCUGUAAUCGAUGCUGGAGCCCAGCUGGUCCAGCUGAGGGAGGCAGAUGGAGACUCAGAUGGAAAUCUAGAGGACAAAGAGGCUUCUCUAUGUCAGACUUCAGACCCAGAUCUCUGCUCCAUCCACUCCCAGCUCACACAGAUAGAGAUGGACUGGUCCAGUCUGCUGGCCGAUGUUCCUGUCGUCCAACAAGCCCUACAUAAGCGAUGGGUGAAGACGUUGACCCAGCAGGGGGCGCUGCUGGAGCUGCAGGUCUGGCUGGAAGUUGCUGAGUCGCGACUGGAGGAGCAACGCAGCCCAAUGAACCGGACCUCCUCCACCAGCACCGAUCUGAGUCAGCUCCUGAAGUACUGCAAGGAGUGUCAGACAGAGAUGUUGGCCCAUCAGGCCACACUGGAUUAUGUGAACCAGCCGUUACAGACAUGCAGUACCGAUGAGGGUCAGAUGGGGCGCUAUGAGCACAACCAGUUUGCAGAGGAGCAGGGUCGUCUCAACCAUCAGUGGCUCAGUUUACAGGAAACUCUAAACUCUCAGAUCCAGGAAGUGGACCAGGAGCUGAGGAGCAGAGGGGAGCAGGAGGCCCGACUGCAGCAGAUCAACAGCUGGAUCGCAGAUCAGAACCUCUGGAUCGACUCAGCUCGGACUCCGAACAGCCAGACAGAGCUGCAGAGGAGCAUCAGCACCUGCCAGGAUCUGGAGGAGAAGAUCAGGCAGAAGUCUGCAGCUCUCCAGGAGUUGAGAGAUAAAGUUUAUGGUGGAGAAGAAACCAGCAGCUGUGAGUUCCUCUCUCAGACGGAGAAAUCCAUCCAGGCCUGUGCCGCUCUCACUCAACAGAAUGAAUCAGUGAAGCUGAGGCUGGUUCAGGCCCAGACGCUGUGGGACUGUGUGGAGAAGAGACUGAACCGUGGGGUGCUGAAAACAGUGAGAACAUCUCAGACUCUCGAUCAUCACAGCAGCCCUCAGCUCUCCCUGCAGGCGCACAGAGAGCUCCAUAAAAAGCUGCAGCUUCUUCAUGAGGACUCAGAAGCUUCAGAGGCAGAGUGGGACGAACUGCGUGGAAGCGUCUCCUCCCUAAGAGACAUCAUCAGUCCUGCUGCUGCCGCCCUCCUCACGGAUCAGCUGGACAGACAGAGAGACAGCUGGACUGCGGUGUCUGCAGCGUUGGACCAGCAGCUCCAGAGGAGUCGGGGCGUCCUGCAGGUGUGGGAGGUCUACGCCCACCUGGCUGCGUCUUUCUCCCAGCGGCUGCAGGCGCUGCAGAGUGACACUGAGUCAGCGCUGAGCAGCACGUCUACAGACGAUAACACUGUGGAGCAGGUCGCUGUCAAGAUACACGACAUUCAGGGUCUCCUGGAGAGGACAGACACUCUGCAGUCUGACCUGGAGGGGGUGCUGGAGGCCUCCAAGGACUUGACUGGCCACCUGGAACCUUCAGCUGCCAGUCUGGUCCAAUCAGAGAGCCGGUUGUUGUCACGUGGCAUCCAGCAGCUCAGCCGGACACUAACAGGGAAGCUGGGUCAGCUGCAGGAGGAGCUCGAGCAGCUGCAGGACUUUGGAGAGGUCCUGGAGGCACUGGAGAGAAACCUGGAGCUUUGGCAGGAGCGUCUGCAGGAUGAGGCUCGGACAGCAGAGCAGUCUGGCCUGCUAGAGCAGAGCGGCCUGUCUGCUGACCUGGAUGUGCUGAAUGAGCUGAGCCGCAGCCUGACGCUGGGCGACGCUGCAGCACGCCGUCUGCAACGCCUCAACCACCGCUGGGCCGACGCCUGCGCCAGGGCCGAGGAGGCCUGCAGUGAGCUGCAGACGGAGGAACUGAGACGGCAGAGUUUUGAGCAGAAGUGUGAGAGCUGGAUGUCUUUCCUGCAGAGGAUGGAGGACAGUCUGGCUGUAGACGUGGCUGGCUCUUAUGUCGGCCUCAGGCAGCAGCUCUGCACACACAAGCGGUUUCAGGCAGAGCUGUCUAUUGGUCACCAGAUCCUUCACUCCGUCAUCUCUGAAGCUCUUCAUCUGCUGCAGAAAGGAGAGGUAGAGGACAGGAGUGACUUCAUCCUAAAGCUUGCCCAGCUCCGGGAGCACUGGCAGGGGGCGGUGCAGCGGGCGGACCAGCGGCGCUCCCUGGUGGAGGGGCUGGUGAAGCACUGGCACCUGUACAGCCGCAGCCUGAGGAAGCUGCAGAGGUUCCUGUCGGACACGCAGAACCUCCUUCCCCCCGCAGGACCAGCCCGCUGCAGCCUGCAGCAUCUACGGCGCUCCCUCCAAGACCUCCAGCACACAGAGCUGUUGUUCCAGAGGUAUCAGUGCAGUUUCAUCCACACUCUGGACGUCGGUCGCCAGCUCUUCUGCAUGGGGGACGAGGAGACCCAAACUCAGCUGCAGACGGAUCUGGGAACCCUGCAGGAGGAGUGGGACAACCUCCACAGCCUGCUUGGCCGGAGAAUGGACCUCACAGAGGCCAUCGUCAAGAACUGGGAGCGCUGUGAGGCCGGACUAGCAGACAGCAUGCUGCAGCUGAAGGACGUGAAGACCAGACUGAACCAGUCGAUGCCAGAUAGCGACGAUGAGCUGGAGAGUGCCGAGAAAUUCACCAAG